AGUCUAUUGAUUUAUUUGGAUAGAACAUUAUGCUUAAUCUUAACGGAGAAGAUGAAUAUAAAACUGCCUUUGGUGGUUUCUUCACCUUAAUGAUUCUAGGAAUUGUUGUUUUGUUUUUUCAAUCCAAUAUUCAAGACUUUCUUAAUAAAGUUAACAUAUAAAGUGAGGCAACUGAACUUUUUGAAGAUGAACCAGAUUAAAUAGAACUGAAUGAUUCAAAUUUCAUGUUUGCUGUUGCUAUAGAAUAAGCUAACUUCAACACAAAUCCAUUUUUUAACAUAACUUUACGUUAAAGGUACCAUAAUAUAUUAAACAGUUCAGAUAUUAUGAAAGACUAGAAAAUGGCACUCUCAUAAAGAAAGAUCAAUUCAUUGAUUUGAUACCCUGCAGUUUAGAUCGAUUUCAAAAUGUAUUUUAACCUUACGGAAUGAAUUUUACAUAAUAAUAUCGGGAAAUUGGUCUCGAUACUUGGUUAUGUCCUUAGUAUAACUUGAUUUCAAAUAUAGGGUUAAUUAUUCUUUAUCUCUCAAGGGAAGGUAUACAAAUAAAUAUUUUGAUUUCCUUAAAAUUGCUGUAAACGAAUGUAGUAAUUAGACCUAAUCUAAUUCCUUCUUUAGUUGGAAGCCUGUAUGUGCUUCCUAGGAAAUUGUAGAUGAAUGGCUAUUGGAUUAGAGAUCUUUUAGAGUUAAAUUGUAUUUAAAUAUUCAUUUCAUUUUAAGAUACAUCACUAAUAAAGUUAUUAAUCCUUAAAAAGGAGAUGAUUAUAUUUAAUCAUUUCUUGAUGAUGAAUUAUUCUUCUCUUUUGUACCCAAUAUUAUAGGUAAAGAGACUGAUGUUUUUUUUACGAAAUAUGUUUUGAAAACAGAUAAUAAUUUAUUACCAACAAGUGAAGAAUUAGAAGCAAUUCAUUUGUUUGCAAAAUAAGAGGGUGAUUAUAGAGAUUAGAGCAUUUAUGCCGCUGAAUAAUUUGCAGCUAUCUAUUUGAGGAGAUCUCCUUAUACCAAUUAUAUUUCAAGAUCUUAUCAAAAACUUGAUAAGUUACUAUCUAUUCUUGGAGGUUUUGCUAAUAUUGUCUUUGUUGUUUUAGGCUUUUUUGUUGGAAUAUAUAAUAAAUAACAAUGUAUAUUUGUAAAAUCAGCUAGAUCUUAUUGAAUUGGCUAAUGAAGUGUAUGAUUUUCAUUUUGGUAAUCAAAACAAAGCUAAAUUUGAAAGACAGUAAUUAGUAAAAGAAAUCACUUAUGUUAAAUCCUAAUCAAAAAUUAUUAGUUAAAGAUGUAGUCCUGUAUCUUCAAUAAACCCUAAUAAUAUGUCUAUCAAUUGCAAUAAUGCUUUAUAAUCAAUUAGACCUAGUUUACCUAAUAAAGUGGAUUGUACUUUAGUAAUACAUAAUGAUAAGGUUGAAUCAGAUGAUAAAACCCAUGUAUGUAAGAAAAAUUCUGGAAUUCAUUUAUAACCUGUAGGAGACAAUGAAAUAGAAUGGGAGAGUGUUGAUAAGAGUUUUAUAUCAAGUCAUUUAACUCAAAAUAAUAAUCAUACAGAUAUAGUUAUGUUUGGUAGUACAGCAAAAUUCAAUUAGGAUAGAUAAACAAAAACUUAAGUGGAAUAAUAAGAGUAAAAGAAUAUGAAACAAUCUAUAAAGUAAAUACAUAAAUAAAUAAUUAAUAAAAUUGGAAUCCAUAAUAGAAAAGAGUAUUUAACCAAACAAAUCUAGAUGAUGCUAGAUAGAAGUCGACCAAUAGUUUUUACUUUUAAGUUUGUAUUGCAUUAAUUAUUUUGUGGCAAAUUAUUUUAAGAUAAGAAUUGCAUUCUAUUAGAUAAAGCAAUGUAAAAUUAUUGAUUUUAAGUUAAAGUAAAAAAAUAAAUUAAGAUUUGGAUAUUUGUGUAUUGAUAGAUAAAGUUAACGAAAUUAAUUUAAUAAAAGAACUUUUAUUAGAGAGAGAUCAAUAAAUUCUAUUUAAUUUUGCUCCAAAGGAAGUCAUAACAAUUGAAGAUUAAAGUUAUAAACAUCAUCUACCUGGAAGAAGAGAUUCAAAGUAUAUAUAUUAUAAAAUGAUUAAUUAAGACGUGCUUUUACUAAAAGAUUAGGAGUAUAAUUUAGUGAUGUAGCGAAAAUGAUGUUUGAUAAGAAAUUUAAAAAGGGAUAGUUUGUUAAUCCAGGAUUAUAGAUUUAUUAUAAAUUAUAUUAAGCUUAUGAGCGCGUCAUUUUAUCAGAGGAAAAGAAUAAUAGAUUUAAUAAAAUACUUAUUGAAAAAUUAGGUUAAGAAGUGAAGGAAGUGUUUGAUAUUUCAAAUUAUAUUUAAAUAGAUAAGAAUAGAAUGAUUAUGGAUAAAUUUAAAAAAAAGAAGGGAAAUCUAAAUGAAGAUGAAGUUGAAGAAUUACCUGGUUUAUUAAGUAUGGAUUAAAGAGAUUUAAAAUAAUCUAUGAUUAAAUGA